AUGGAUGUCAGGCCCCAGGUCAGCGGGGCCCCCGCGAGGGUCCCUGAUCCGCUCCGGCAGUUUCCUGGCGAGCCCGCGCUCGUCGCGCCGGCGGAGCCGCCAUCCUGCGACGCGCCCAUGCUGCAGAGAUCCUGGAGACAUCGCGCACGUGAUAAUUUGCGGGGGCAGCGUGGUGACCGCUCCAAGGAUGCCCGAGGCAACAGAUGCCCCGCGUCCACCGAUCACUCCGGGGCGGAGUUGGAACAGGCGACGGUAGCCGCGGCCCUUCGCUACACGGAAUGGCGCGCCCAGGCGCGCCGAUUUUCACGCGGCAAACCGGCGCUCAAACCUGAGACCUACGGCACCCCGCCCUCACCCCCCCCUUCGGGCGCGGGCAUCGCUGGACUUCCCCGGGGUUUCCAGGACUUCGCCCAUGCUGCGGGGCUCGCCAUCUGCCCCUGGGACCUCCUGGACGAUUUCUCGGCUGCGCGCGGUAGCGCGCGCAUGCGCCGCCUAUCCAACAUGUGUCUUCCCAUGGUUGCGGGCGCGUUUGGCAUGGCGGCCGCGAGUUGCCUGUGCUCCAAGAAGCUGAACUGGUGCACGGAGUUGGUAUUGUUCGAACGUGUCUUCCAUUACAAGUUCAUGCUCAUGUGUAGGAGGCAGCACGGCCGGCGCGCGGCGAACGAGGCACAGAAGGCCAGCGGCCCGGCCCUGCUGCCCGGGCGGCGCCGCUGCGGCCGCGACCGCGGCGUCGAGCUGCCAACCAGGGCACGCGUCGCCGCGGAGGUGCCGCCGGUCAAGCUGGUGCGUGUGUGGGCUAUCGACGACAUCGUGUUCAAGAUUGUGUUCAAAAACGAGGACGGGCAGCUGAGCGCGUUCGGCAGGCCCGGAGGCCUGGAGGGGCCGCCCUUCGAGGUCCCCGUGCACGACCGGCUCCGCGCGGUGACGUGCGUCACUGGCGGCGACCAGGGCCUCGGCCUUCGCGGGUGCCGCUUGGAGACCCACGGGGGCAACCGCAGCUCCUGGUACGGUUGCCGACCCGGCGUCACGGUCGCGGACCUCGAUGUCAGAGUGUUGGCCGCGCGCUCCAGACACCACCUCACAGGCCUCGUGAUGAGGGGCGACGUCCCCGUGGGAGCCAUCGACAGCUACUCGAAGAACGCCGGGAGCAGGCCGUGCAGAGCGACGGGCCUAGGCCUGGCCGUGCCCCCCACCUUGCACGCCAAGCUGAACCAGCUGAGAACCCUGAGCGUCGGGGACCAGAGCUCGGCGGUGGCCGCGGUGACCAGGCCUCCGCGCAAGGCGGUCGUCGCGGUGACCCUGGCGUCCAGGCCAUGGGUCCAGGCGCUCCAGCACCUCGCGGUGCGGGAAGGGGCCGGCUCCAAGCACGUCUGCCUCGUCAACUACAUCGACAGCGAGACCAGCUUGGACGGGGGCCACAAGUUCAGACCGUGGGGCGGCUACCGCGAGGGCGGGCCGGACCCCGCGGCGGAGCUGUGCAG